AUUUAAUUGAUGUAUUUUCUUUGCGCCGUUAUGUGUAAAUCUACGUUGCCUAAAUUGCUGGUUUGCAUGCCAAAAGCAUGCCGAGCGAGUUUCAACUGAACGGAACUCAAGUCUGGCUCCACCUAACUCCAGCAACAGAGAGCGCGCACAUCUUUGGCGCCGUGGUGCGCGGUGCAGGCAGGUCAGACCGUCCAGUCGUCGGCGGAAGGAAGGCGGAACAGGAUCGUAGACAGGACACGGGAAAGCUGCUGUGCGCCUCUGUGAGCGCGCACCUCCCACUCCACAGAAAGUCCCCGCGCCCCUCCGCGGAGCCUGUUUGCGCGUCUCCGUGCCAGAUCCUGCAGCUGUCUUUGGCGCGAGUCGGACUCGAAUGCAGACUUUUUUCUGUUCUCCUGCGCGCACCAAAGGGAUUGUACAACUUUUAUAGAGGUUUUUAGGAGUGCGUAAAGACACCUGACAUCUGAAACGCCCUGCCGGCGCCUGGACUGAAAUCUAUUGGAAACGCCGUAGGAAUGAGGAACACAAGUCUAGAUUCGCGUAAGGAGACCAGCCUCUGCCCCUGACACAAUGACCACAGACCUGAACUUGACCUCUCUGCUGAAUGUGACAGAUCUCAACAACCAAACGAGAUGCUCCCUCACCAAGACAGGCUUCCAGUUCUAUUACCUGCCCACCGUUUACAUCAUGGUGUUCAUCACGGGGCUGGUGGGCAACAGCUUGGCCAUCUGGAUGUUUGUGUGCCACAUGAGACCGUGGAGCAGCAUCUCUGUCUACAUGUUCAACCUGGCCCUGGCUGACUUCUGCUACGUCCUCUCGCUGCCGUUCCUCAUCUUCUACUACUUCAACAAAACCGACUGGAUUUUCGGGGACGUCAUGUGCCGGCUGCAGCGCUUCAUUUUCCACGUCAACCUGUAUGGGAGUAUUCUGUUUUUGACCUGCAUCAGUGUUCACAGGUACACGGGGGUGGUGCACCCGCUCAAGUCCCUGGGCCGGCUGAAGAAGAAAAACGCUGUCAUAACCAGCAUGUUGGUGUGGCUGGUUGUUGUUGUUGGCAUGUCCCCCAUUCUGUAUUAUUCCAGGACCGGUUUGAAACGCAAUUCAACCACGUGUUACGAUACCACCACUGUGGAUGAGUUACCUGGUUAUUUUAUCUACAGCAUGACUUUGACUGUGUUCGGAUUCUGCGUCCCCUUUAUCAUCAUAUUUUGUUGCUACGGCAUGAUUGUCAAGUCUUUAAUCUGCAACGACAUGAACAACGCUCCCCUGCGGCAAAAAUCCAUCCACCUGGUUAUCAUAGUUCUUGCUGUCUUUGCCAUCUCCUACCUGCCUUUCCACGUGAUGAAGAACCUCAACAUGCGUGCCAGGCUUUACUUCCAGAGCCCUGACAUGUGUGAGUUCAACGACCGCGUCUAUGCCACCUACCAGGUGACACGAGGGCUGGCCAGCCUCAACAGCUGCGUGGAUCCUGUUCUUUACUUCCUUGCUGGAGAUACGUUCAGGAGGAAGCUGUCACGAGCCACCAAGAAGACUUCCAGGAAGGGGGACCACGUGCUGCAGUCCAAGAGCGAGGAGACGGCUCUGAACAGCCUGGCUGAGUACGUGGAGAACGGGGAGCGGAGACUGUGACCCUUGCUUCUGCGAGACAGUUCUAGGAAAAGGAUGGAAUGAGAAAAUGCACUGUUUGGACUUAAGACUGUAUGUAAAAUCUGUCAGCUUGUACUGUAGGAUCAAUAUUCAAUUUAACCCUGGGACAGCUGUGCGUGGAGCCUGUCGUUGUGGAUAAGCUAUUGUAUUAUUAUCCUGUAACGUGUUGUACUUAAAUAUUAGAGCCAUCCGUCACAUAUUGUACAAACAUUGGACAAAUGAGCGUUGUGAUGGGCAAAGCUGGUGGAAACUGACCCCCUUUUCUGGCAAUGAUGCCCUGUUCAUCAAUUUUCUGGGCUGACGAUAAAUUUGAACAUCUCUGACUACAAGCUGAUGUUUAAUCAAUAACUAUUUAGUAGGUUAGGGCUUGUGCUUAAGAAAAUGUACCUGGAAUGGCUUUUAUUGGAGAAGAGAAUGCACUGAACUGGAUGAUUGCGUGCCAUACUGAAAUUAUAAUGCACUAUUAGCACAGAUUUUCAGCUCGACCCAUCAAUCCUCAGUCUUUUGUCAGCAAAAAGGACAAAUCUGGUCGGCUACUUUUACUUAUUUAUUUUAUUUUUUUGUACGACAGCUCAGAGGCACGAGCCUGUAAAUGUUCUGUUACAUCAAUCUUUCUCUCCUUAGCCAGCCAGCCUCAGAGAACCCUAACAAAGUACUUGCAGUAUUUUUUUUGUGUGAUGGAGUAAUGUUGGGUUUGUUUUUUUGUUUUCUUUGGUGUUCAGUGCAGGAUCUUGUGACUUUCCAGAUUGAUUGGUUUCGUUAAAUGUCAUUUCGUUGGUGCAUGAGUCCAGUCCCAAACCCAGUAUGUGACUCACCACAGCAGCUCUGCUCCACACAGAACACAGGGCUGCUCUGGCUUUGUGAGCCCAUAUUUAACAUGUUGAAGAUUCGUUUGUAUGAGAUACCUCAAAGUAAGUAGUGCACUGUGUCUGUGUUGGGCAGAUAAUUGUGUAUGUUUUGUAUUUGUUGUAAAGAUUAUGGAAAUUUAUCACAGAGUUUUCCAUAUGUGGAUGUUUGAUGUUUUUGUCUUCUACUAAUUCCUAAAUGUAAUGUGGUUGACGAUGAGUGUUAAGAAAGGAAAUCCCUUUUGUGCAACGUAUUAUCAGCCAUGCGCAUCUUUGUCAAUAAACCUCCAUAUUUAAGAUACGCCGUACA